AAAAAGUUUGGUUAGCAAAAAUGGUGAUGUUGAGAUAGAUGUGUGGUCAUACAAAAAAAGAUAAGAUCCAUGAUGAUCAUAGAUGAGAAAAAGUUGGGGUGGCCUCUAUUGAGGAGAAAAUAGUAGGAAACUAUUAUUUAAGGUGGUUUGAGCAUGUACAAAGAAAUCCAAUAGAGGUGUUGGUGAGGAGGGUUGAAAUGAUGAUCUUGAGUCUUUUGAAGAGAAGUAAAGAGAGACUAAGAAGAACACUCAAGAAAGUUAUUAAAUAGAACCUUUUGGUGAACAAUUUAUUCAAAGAAUUAACACAAUGAUGUAAUUUGACCUAUGUAGACAACUUCAUUGAUGUGUAAUUUAGAAUUAAAUGAAGAAAGUUAGUUACUUAGUGACUAUUAGAGGGAUAAAGAUAAGCCAAGUUAGCAUCUAUAUAUAGGGAGGAUGUAUAAACUUCAGCCUUUGUUUAAUGAUCAAUAUUUUCUAGAAUUCUCUCUUAUCUCUCUAUUUCUCUAUUCUUUAUCCUAUCUCUCCUUUCAUCUCUUAUCCUUACAUUGUUCCUAUUCGUCCUUUUCCUACUCAUCAGUGGUAUCAACAACCUUAGCCUCCCUUCAUGCUUGGAACUCGAUCCUAUAAUAGCCAAAGUUUAAUGGCAGAGCAGUAUGAUGAUCGUUUGUGCAAUUGAAGAAGAAUUAAGAAAGAUUGCAUCUUCACACUGUGUUAUUCAAGCCUUAUUUGCUCUAGUGGCUCUUGGACGAGAAGCGAGCACUACAUCAGGCUUGUUUAUUCAACUUGCUUAUAGACAACAAAGUGCAAGCCAAAUGAGGAACAUGAGGCACUGAAUCCAAAUGAAAAAUGAAAGAAUUUAGAAAUAACAAUGCUUCCCUUGCUAGCAAUAGAAAAAGUUUCAUUUGCAGUAUCUAUUUCUCACGCCUACUACAUGGACAAUAUGAUGUGAAUAAUUUGGAGUCCAUAGUCCUAUGAUCUGAGUCCCAGAGUCAACAAUCCACUUAGAUUUAUUUGAAUAGGUAUUUACUUCAUAGUGACCGUUACCUUGCUUGGCUACUAGGGUAGUGUGGGAUGGUUGGGAUGUUUGGCUAGAUUAUUGUAAGGCAUUGAGCAUCUCCAGUAGCUUAAAUUAACUAGUCCUUAUCAAUUGUAGACAUGGACCCAAAUUUGUCUUCUGCAAGCUCAGAAGUGGCUUGAUACCCACAAUCCUUGCCUUUCUGUGGUUUCAAGUUCAUAGGUUUACCAUGUAGGUCCCAACAAUUGUCCUUUGAAUGACUUGUCUUUUUGCAAUGAUCACAUAAGACAUGAGACUCUCCCCUUAGUGUCCUUUUGUCCUUAAUUAGAGUUCUUGCUUACCAAGGUAGAAGAUUCAGAUAGAGGAGGUAUAAGGAUAGAGUCAACUAACAUCACCUUUUGACGAGAAGCUUCUCUCCAAACUUAUGCAUGCAUCAUUAGCUAAGAACUGAAACACCUAUUCAUCCUCAAUUCAUGUUUUGUAUGUUGCUGCAUCAUGGGAACAAGACCACUCUUCCUUUGUGUUGAGGUCAAUUUCUUGCCAUAUUGGAACGAGUUCCAAAUAGAAUUUAGUGAGCUCUCGUUACUCUUGUUUGAUUUGCUGAUUUUAUGUCUUGGAAUCAUUUAUUCAAACAGCAUCUUCACCAUCCGAGUACGAGUCUUUAACAGUUUCUUGGAUAUCUAGUGCUGUUGGUAAAAACAUAAAUGAUUGCUGAAUCUAUGGAGUCAUGACAUUGACUAACCAUGAGGCCAUCAUCAAGUUUUCGAUCUCCCACUUCACCAUAGCGGUCAUGUCUAAUUUGUUUGGGUUCUUGGAGUUUUCGGUGAUGAAACCUAGUUUGCCUCACUCACCAAUCACAAGUUGAAUUGCCUAAGCCCAUUCAUGAUAAUUAUUGCCCUUGAACUUAUUUGACACGAGGGGAACGGAUGACCCCUUGGCAAAACUCAACCCAUCGACUUAGGUCAUUGGCUCUUCCAUUUACUGUGUUGGAGUGGACUCUUCCAACAGUUCCUCGUCCUGUUCAAAAUGCAUCUACUAGGCAAUCGUCCUCAUCUUCUAAGGAGCAAAAAGUAGAUGAGACAUCCCUCCCGACAAAGUUGCCCUCAUCAGAUUCAAAGGAUUCGGGCACAGAGGGACAUCAUGAUGACACUUCUGAGAGUUUUGCGUUUGCCUUGGUGAAUGGAGCACUUGGAGUUUUUGAAGUUCAAGGACGAAGGAUUCGAGAUUUCAGACCGAAAUGGCCUUCUACAUCAUUCAUAUCCUCAGAUGGAUUAAUUACUGCAAUGGCCUAUCGCUUACCUCAUGUGGUUAUGGGGGACAGGAUAGGAAACAUAAGAUGGUGGGAUGUGACAACCGGACAGUCUUCCUAUUUCAACACUCAUAGAGAAGGAAUCCGCCGUAUCAAAUUCUCUCUCUGUUGUACCAGGAGAUCAUAG